CAACAGGUGCUGCUUUGAUCCACCGUUUGUUUGUCAGCGCCACCGAAUUGUAGAGCAUCUCCUCCGAAUCGCUCUUUCGGGAUAGUGAACCGUUGUUUCGUGUUGCCGCAUCGACAUCAUGGAAGCUUUGAUAGACGUUGUAGCAGGGAAAAUUUGCUGCGAUGUCUUUGCGACGUAGGAGGACCCCAUGGCCUUGCUGUUCCUUUCCUAUGUAUAUAAGGUAUUCUCUCGAAGAGCCUUUGUGAUUUAUUUCCCAUCAUUCCAAAAAAACAUUCUCCAUCACCAUGUCAGUAACAUACAACGUCAUCAAGGGCUCUGCCAGCAAGAAGCUCGUCGAAAGCAGCGUAUCUGCACAGCUCGAAUCUCACCAGGUCUACAUUGAAACCACCCAUUCUGGUCUAUGUGGCACAGAUGAGCAUUAUCUUGGUGCCGAUCAGGCUCUUGGACACGAGGGAGUUGGUAUUGUCCGCCAAGUGGGCCAGGGAGUGAAAUCGGUCAAAGUUGGCCAACGCGUCGGCUUCGGGUACACGCACGAAGUCUGCGCCAACUGCGAUAAUUGUUCUCAAGGCUGGGACCAGUUCUGUCGAGACCAAAAGCAAUAUGGAUUCCACGACUUCGACAACGGCACUUUCGGCUCUGGUGCUGUAUGGGACGAGAAAUGCGUCUACCCCAUCCCUGAAGGCUACGACUCUGCCAAUGCAGCUCCGCUGAUGUGUGCUGGGGCUACAGUCUGGACUGUCUUGAGCAGAUACGGAGUGUCUGCAAGAGACCGUGUUGCCGUCAUGGGUAUCGGCGGCCUCGGACAUCUGGCCAUCAAGCUUGCCGCUGCCAUGGGAUGCCACGUUGUCGUCCUUUCCAGCUCCGAAAGCAAGAGGCAAGAAGCCAUGGAUUAUGGCGCAUCCGAGUUCCAUGUAUUCCGAUCAGGGGAGAAGCCGGUUGAUACCAUUGCCCCUAUCAAGCACUUGCUUAUGUGCGGCAGUGGUGGCGUAGACUACAAGAGCAUCGUCCCUCUUAUGGAUACCCACGGCACUAUCUAUCCUCUCACCGUUGCCUUCGAGCCAUCGCCAAUCCCACUUCUCGAGCUUGUCUUCAAGGGCAUCAAGAUCCAGGGCUCCCUCGUCGCAUCCCGCGAUACCAUGCGCAGCCUACUAGAAUUUGCUGCACGGAAAAACAUUACUCCCACGAUCCAGACCUACCCAAUGAAUGUCAAGGGCAUCGAGACAGCCAUGCAGGACUUGCGGGACGGAAAGGUUCGGUACAGAGCAGUGCUAGUCCGCGAGUAA